GACAAAGAUCAAUUGUGAAUAUUUAUGAGCUACCCGCGCCGUGAUAAACAAUGUGCAAAGUGAUACGCAUGCAUGUGCUAUUGCCUAUUAUACUUUUUGUCGAAAGUGGCCUUCCUUGCAAACAUUUAAAAUCGGAAGGUAAGCAAAACGUUUAUUCAGUGUGCACUUGGAAACUAUAGCACAAUGUGGUCAUUAGUGUCCACGAUUUUAUUUCCUAUGAUUACGUUUCAAAUAAUUUCAUGCAGCAAGAGGCCUUUUUUUGAAAACCCUCGUGAACCUUUUGAAACUGAAACAGAGAUACCAGGUAAUCCAGCAGACAAGUCAAAAGAAAUUGAUGGCCGAAGGCCCAUCGAUGAGGACAGGACCAUCAGGAAAUUAAUUUAUCCAGGAACAAAGUGGUGCGGACAAGGAAAUGUAGCGACGCAUUACGGCGACUUGGGCCUUUACGAGAAAACUGAUAUGUGCUGCAGAGACCACGAUUACUGUCCAGAUUACAUUUCAGCGGGAAAGACUAAAUACGGACUGAAAAACACUGCUCCGUACACAAAGGUUCAUUGCGACUGUGAUGCUAAGUUCAAAAUGUGUUUGGAGAAUGACAACACUGAUGCCUCGAAUGAUGUGGGCCAUCUUUAUUUCAACUUGUUUGGAAGCCAGUGCUUCAAGAAAGACUAUCCUAUAAUUCAGUGCAGGAGAUAUUCACAGGAUCCGCCACGGAGAUGCCUGGAGUACGAUUUGGAUGAAACUAGGGAUAAAAAGUGGCAGUUUUUUGAUAACCCUCAUUAUUACGAAUAAGUCUAGAUGUAAAGUUCAAAGUCGACCCUUCUUGCGGAGUAAAAAUUUGCUGCGCUGCCCACUUUGCGGACACACACACUAUCCUUAAAGUAACCUUCCUCUACCCAAGCCUGCAUUUGUUCCGAUGUAUGUGGUCCAUGCACUUCGUCACUGCUCUCCGACCAUUUGAAUUCCCAUUGCACAACUGAAAAAAAUAAUUGCCAA